AUGGUGGCUGAUCACGAUGUUUCUGAAGGCGGUGGUGACAACGCCAGAAUACGAGGCGACGGCGAAGACAACUCCAACAACCAUCAACCACAACCAACGUCAACCACGCCGCUCCUGGGCCAGGAUCACAGUCCGAUGGCUCUAACCAGUGUUGGCAGACGGGGUCGACGGACCUUGGGCACCUUUCUCCUCCUUAUAGUCGUGGUUCUCUGGACAUCGUCAAACUUCCUUGCCAGCACAAUAUUCGCCGACAACACAUAUUCUAAACCGUUCCUCGUAACAUACCUGAACAGUGGAUCCUUUAUUUUCAUGCUGGUCCCUUUCGUCGGCAGCCGGGUUCACAAGCUAUGGAAGGCAGGAAAACUACGGGAUAUCAGAUCAUUUCAGGCUCUUAUCAGGGAGUUCAACAACCCUACAUUGGGAGAGGAAACAAGACCGAUUCUGAGCACCAAUCAAGAUGAAGAGACUGACGGCAGGCUGCCACAAGAAACAGGAGAUACAAAUGCACAGGAGCAACAUGUUACGGCUGCUACGAGUGUAUCGAAUGGCAAACUAGGAUUCAAAGAUACAGCUAAACUUAGCUUGGAAUUUUGUAUAAUAUGGCACUACGGUUUUGACAUCUACAAGCGGUAUUUCGCGGGACUCCCCAGAGUGUGGACUCUCAUAUUUGGAGCGGCUAUUGGAGUUGAGAGAUUCACAGUCCGAAAAUGUAUUGGUGUGCUUACAUCACUUUUCGGCAUAUUCCUGAUAUCUAGAGUUGAUAUCUCCAGCUCAUCUGAUUCGAAUAAGAGUUCUUUCCCCAACAAACCACCUGCUGAAAUUAUUCUUGGUAACUUCAUGGCCGCAUUCAGUGCCGUUCUAUAUGGAGUUUAUACGACCUUGAUGAAGAGGCGCGUUGGGGACGAGUCCCGGGUUGAUAUGCGAAUUUUCUUUGGCCUUGUUGGGGUUUUCGCUUCCGUCAUACUCUGGCCUGGAUUCAUCGUAUUGCAUUAUACUGGAAUCGAACCGUUUACUCUCCCACCUACUAGGUUCGUUUUUCUGAUUGUUCUGGUUAAUGCAAUUAUAUCAUUUGCAUCAGAUAUAUGCUGGGCCUUUGCUCUUUUACUCACAAGCCCAGUAAUCGUGACAAUUGGAUUAAGUCUCAACAUUCCGUUAUCAUUGCUUGGACAAAUUAUAAUCCAGCACAAGUAUGCAACGGGAAUGUACUGGCUUGGUGCUACUCUGGUGUUUGUUUCCUUCAUAGUUGUGAACUAUGAGGCCCCUACAUGA